GAUUUUAAUACAGAAAAGUUGCUAUGAUCCUUUGUGAAUCUUGGAAUUUUUAUUGUUGGUAGUUGCCAACGAAACUCUUGUUGGCCGAUAUUACAUUAUUGAGUAAAUUUGGACGAUAUAAUAAAUGAACAUUUUGAUAUAAAAUUUUAUACUUCUAACAGUAUUUGUAAUUCCAGCUUUCACUAGAAACGGUAUAUAUACUUAUGCUUGUAAUUAAGUAGGAAUGUAGGAUUACAACAUUUCAUUGUAGAAAAUUAAAUACAGAUGUUUAUUUAACGAAUUACAAGAUUUUUUAUAUUCGAAAAAAACUGGCAUAAUUUUUUUGGAAAUAUAUUGAAAACAGCAAGCAGAAAAGAAACAAAAAAGCAGGGGAUUCCUUGUAUGUUCUGUUUUGGGGUUUGCUUUAUAUUUUAACUCAUCUUCCUUGUUAAAGUAAUCCCACUUAUUAGUUUAUCUCUUUAUUUCCUUAUUCUUCUCGGUCUUCUUGGGUUUGGCUGUGUAUGUGUGUUGAGAUUAAGUCGAUGGCUUCAAGUGCUUCAAAGUUCAUAAAAUGUGUGACCGUUGGUGAUGGCGCCGUUGGCAAAACCUGUAUGCUCAUCUGCUACACCAGCAACAAAUUCCCUACUGACUACAUACCAACAGUUUUUGACAACUUUAGUGCAAACGUUGUAGUUGAAGGCACCACUGUGAACCUAGGGCUAUGGGACACUGCUGGGCAAGAAGACUAUAAUAGAUUAAGGCCUUUGAGUUACAGAGGAGCAGAUGUUUUCGUCCUGUCUUUCUCUUUGAUCAGCCGAGCUAGCUACGAGAAUAUUUUUAAAAAGUGGAUCCCUGAACUCCAACACUUUGCCCCAGGAGUUCCAUUAGUCCUUGUUGGUACCAAAUUAGAUCUUCGUGAAGAUAAGCAUUAUUUGGCUGACCAUCCUGGACUAUCCCCUGUAACUACUGCACAGGGAGAGGAAUUGCGUAAGCUAAUUGGCGCAACAUAUUACAUUGAAUGUAGCUCAAAAACUCAACAGAAUGUGAUAGCAGUUUUUGAUUCAGCGAUCAAGGAAGUGAUCAAACCGGUGGUUAAACAAAAGGAAAAGACCAAUAAAAAGAAGAAGCAAAAGUCUAGUCAUGGGUGUUUAUCAAAUGUUCUGUGUGGGAGGAUAGUGACUCGGCAUUGAUGAUGACCUAAACUCUAUCUGAUGAUGGCAAAAGUCCAGUCUUGAGUUUGUGUUAAAAAUGAGUUACAUACAUAUAUGUAGAUGGAAUCAUGUAAGAGAGAUGAUUAGCCUAUAAUCAUUCAAUAGUUUACAUUGUAAUAGAGGGAUAGAGAGAGCUUUACUAUUACUGACUCAAUUAUGUUUUAAAUGUUUUAAUCCAGUAUAUUAGCCUU